AUGUCCUCGGGGAACAAACGCACGAGGUCUGUGAACACCCCACCACAAGAGAAUGCCGGGAAUUCCACGUCGCGUUUGCUGAAUCAAGUGGCGUUGGCCUUCGACCACCACAGCCUGGAUCAAAUGUUCCCCCUCUCAAUGAAUAUGAACAAGUUUCUUCGACUCAUGGGAUUACGGUCACCUCCGGAGCUCUGCGAAUUUCCUGACGAUGCAGACAGCACAGAGAAGUGGGUGACCGCAAGGCGAAAGCUGCUCCACAAACUAUUAAUGAACUAUAUCGUUGACAUCGUAUCAACCUCAAAAAAUGAACAGAUGGGUUCGUUGAAUAUGGGGAUAUUACGGGAACAGAGUCUGGAAUUGAGUCGUGUGUUUAUAUCUGGUUUCUUGGUGUAUUUGGGUGCAUUGCCAGUAGGUUUUGAAGCCUUGAUAGAUGACGACUUGUUGAUGUGUGCGGCUAUAUGUCGGGUGUAUGCGACACAAGUACGGCAGACGUCAUUGUUGCAAUCGAUUCAGCGGUACGUGAGUCUGAGUGACCGUUUAGCACACAUCUAUGUGACCUCUCUUUCCUUCGUGGUGCAGUCGGCUUCGGUCCUGGUGAAGGCGUUGAGUACGACGACUUUAGACCAUCACCACGACGCGGAUCACCACCAUCAUCAGGACGACCACCACCACGAUGACGACCGUCUUGAUGACGACCGUCUUGAUGACGACCGUCACCACCACCACGAUGUGGACCACCACGAAAUGGACCACCACCACCAGCUGGAACAAACGUUGUUUGUUGAAUCAAGCCGGAGGUCGGUCGGUGUAAAGGCCGAGGAGCUAGGCGGAUCGACGCGGCUGUCUACGGCUGUGACGCAGCUGUUGGCGUUGGUCGUACAACGGGUUUCGAGCUGGCCAUCGCCGUUGUUGGACGGGCGGUUCUCGUUAUUGAGUCUGAAGGAGGCAUCAGGGAAGGCAUGGCGUGAGGCGAAGCAAGGCGAAUUGCGGGUACAAACGCGUGUGGCCGGAGAGUUACGACCGGUUGUGGGUUGUACUCCCUUCGGUUGGCUCUCACUUACACACCUGGUCGCCUUUUCGGACGUGCCCGCCUUCCGCCAAUUCCAACGAGGUAUACAGAUGCGGCCUCGUCCGCCUCUGUUCCCUCGGGAACAUGAUUUGGUUGAAGCACCAUUCCCACCGCUCGACCGACUCGCGAUACGCACACGCACAAAGCUCAAGUUCACAAUCGCGAGCAUGGCCAACGUCAAAGAUACUUUCUACUGGUGGAGUCUUCUGUGCGCAGCCACCCGCAUGUGUGCCAUCGGGCCCUGGGACCAGCCACUCACUUGGGCACAGGUCCUACAACUCGCACCCCCAUCAUGCCGCCGAUGCCUCGAUCAAGCAGACGGCAAAAUACCCCAACAAGCAGACGGCAAAGAACCCCAACAAGCAGACGGCAAAGAACCCCAACAAGCAGACGGCAAAGAACCCCAACAAGCAGAGGGCCCCCAACAAGAAGAUGAUAACUCGCGGGACAAGACCAUGGCCGGGAGUAACGCAGUGUUGCUGGGGCUGGAGAGUGUGUGGACACACGCUCUAACCCGGGGACAGAUGGACCCGACUUUCGCCUUGCGACAUGUCCUACGAGUCAUAGCCGCCGCAAGUCGGGAACGACGUGAAGCUGCCACCGUGCCCGCAACCGUGGUCGAGGACGGCACCGCCAAGGCCUCCGUUCAAGGCAGCAUCAACGUCUACGCCGUCGCCGUCCUGGCCCUCGCACUCCGCUUCUUCGGACCUUACGCCCUCGCCCGCGAAUAUCGACGCCUAGCCACCUGCUACCGUAACGCGCUCCUUCUCACACACACCGCCAAAACCGGGCUCGGCUUUCCCACGACCGGCAACAACGCGGUCGGGAAUGGAGCGGGGAAUGCGGCCGGUAAUGCGGCAGCAGGAAAUGGAGCGGGGAAUGCGGCGAACGGGAAUGCGGCGGCCGGGAGUGCCGCGACCGGGACUGCAGCGGCCGGGAGUGCGGCGACCGGGAGUGCGGCGACCGGGAGUGCGGCGGCCGGGAGCGCGACCGUCGAGAUUUACGUCGACGACCCCAUCCAGACCGCCUUAGUCAAGGGCGCCGCUGCUGUUCCCUUCCGAAGCAACCGUGGCGAACCGGUCACCGAAGCAUUUAGGUUCUCCAUGCAAACAUUCGUGCCCGACCAACUCGUCACCGGCUACGGCCUCGGCAUCCUCGGCGCCCUCCUCAUCGAGUGGGACGUCCUAUCACUAGACGAAGUCUGGGAGAUACUACCGCCCGGAGACUACGUCAUGGAACUCGUGGCCAGUCUCCACGCAGUCA